AUGUCAAUAAUUAAUUUAUUUCAGAGUUCGAAAUCAGAUUUGAAUAAUUUUGAACAAGCACUUAAAGAUCAACUCUCACGAAUCAAUGAACAAACUUCAGUUAACUAUAUUGUCAUUGUGUGUGAUCAUUGUCAUGAUGAUAAUGCAACUCAAGAAUUACAAAAUCAAUUAAAGAAAGCCAUUGACAAAAUUAUUGCAAAUGAUCCUCAAACAUUAGCUAUGACAUUAACAACAAAACAAAGUGCACGUAUACGUCGAGCACGAGCAGCUGAGGGAGUAAGUGCAAAUGAAACAAAUGUAACAAUUGCAGAAAUGUAUUCCGAUAAUUAUCCAGUAAUGUUUAAUUUAUUUUUUUGGACAUCAUUGGCUUUAGCAUUAGUUGUUAUAGCUAUAGUCUAUGUAUUCUUAACAUUAGAUCCAGGAGCGGAUACAAUUAUUUAUCGUAUGACAGCACCAAGAUUAAAAGUUGAUUAA